GCCCACGGACCUAGGUGAGGACAGGCAUUUGUUUUCAGGUCCAAAUGUUACAUUUCCCAAGACCACGCUGGCCCACCAUGCCCCCAUCCCCCCAUCCUGUGCCUAUAAAAACCCUGAGACCCUAGUGGGCAGACACACAAGCGGCUGGACAUUGAGAGGAUCACAGCAGUGGAAAAAGACACAAGCACCUAGACGUUGAGAGGAACGCACUGGCCUAAGAACAUGCUGACAGACGCCGGUAGGCCAGCAGGCCUGCAGGCCAUCAACCGGCGGAAGGACACGGACUUUGGCCCGGGCGGUAUAAGGAGCCUAAAGGACGUCAUACCCAUGGGCCAGACCUAACAUUCCUUUCUGCUGAUCCCAAGUUUUUAGACAAAGUUUCCCUUCCUUAACCAAUUGCGAAUCAGAAAAUCCUCGAAUCCACCAAUGACCUGCACCUACAAUGAAGUGGUUUGUUUCUUGGCUAAAAACACCAGUUUAGAGAGAGUUCAUGCAUACUUUACGAGCUGACUCUGCAAUAAUACACUGCAGAUCUUCCUGGAAGGAACAGCAAAGAAGAGCACCCUAGAGACUAAUAGCCUCAUAAAGAAUUUAUGAGAAAAACAGAAGUGAUGGUGCAAAAUCUUCAGUACUGCAUGGACAGGAGAUGCUUAGAUCUGAGGCUAUGAUGUAAGGAAGCAUGAGAUUAAUGAGGGCAGAGGGGUGAAACUGCUUCCAGCUUGACUUCCAUCCAAUGCUUGAGGCAUCUUGGAGAUUGUCAGUGAUCUACAGAACUUUCCUAUAUAUACAACAAGAGGAGUUAAUUCAAGACCAGUGCAUAUACCAGUAAAGAUGUCAUCUGGCCAAUUUGUGUGAAAAUAGAGAAUAAUUCUCAUCCAAACCGCCUGUCUCUGGAAAUAAGAAAAGCUCUGAGGGUCUCCAAAGUUACCAGAGGAAGGCUGAAUUUUAUGGUGAUUGAGAAUAUUUCCAAGCUUAUGAAGAAAAAAAUAUCAUUAGUCUUUUCCAUGGUAGAAAAGAGCCUGUAACAAAAACAGUGAUACAGUGGAUGGGAUGAUGAGACCCUUGAAAUAAGCAAGGAUGGACCAGAAACUGGUAACACUCACCCAUGGAAUUUCAUUAUGAAGUCGUGGCAAGGGCCAAGCCGACCUGGAUUUGAAACCCAUCUCUUCAACGAUGUAGAUUUUGACAACAUAUUUGAUUUCUCUGGGCCUCAGUUUGUUAUCUGCACAAAAGGGAGAUAUGAAUGGUUACAUUAUUGGAUUGUCAUGAACAUUAAAUAGGAUAAUGUCAAAUCAUUCAGCCAAGUUUCUAGCAUAUAGUACAGGGUCAAAUAUUAUCUUUUUUUCCCACCAACCUCUUUUCCAGGAAAAUGCAAAGCUACUCUUUAGCCAAAUUUUAAAACAGGGGAUAUUUAUUUUGGGAAUCAUUAAUACCCAUCUGCCCCUUUUUUGGUCCACUGGACAUAUUGAAAUGAAUGAUUAAUACUUAUCACUUCAUGGUGUACACAUUGUUUUGUUUCUUAUGUCCAGAGUCUAGUCCUUAACUCUAACCAAAGUAAAGGAAACUAGAAAGACACACGCUUUUUCAGUCAUUAAUAGAAAAUUGUCCAGGUAAGUUUCUGAUGGUAUAUCAGUUAGAAAUAAUAUUUAGCUUAUUGUAAUAAAAAGCUGAAAACAGUAGCUUGAGUCAAUGGAAGACUUUAUUUUUCUCAUAAUACAGCUGACAAUAAUGUUGUUGCCUUUAUGAUAUCAAAGACCCAGUUUCCUUUUAUCUUUCUGCUUAACCUGCCUUGGCAAAUGCUUGCUGCUUCAUAGUCACAUGAUGGCUGACUUACUGUAACCUUCAGGUAGAAAGAAAGGAAGAGGUAAAGAGAUAAAGGUACAUCCCAGCUGACUCAGUAUCUCCUUCUCUUUGAAAACUCUCACAGAAACUGCCCUAUAACUUCUACUGACAUCUCAUCUCAAUGGCUAGAUCAGUGCUAUAUAACAAAACUUUCUGCAAUGAUAGAAAUGUUCUAUAUCUGAACUAUCCAAGAUGUUAGCUACUAGCCACUUAUGACUGUUUAGCAUUUAAAAUGUCACUUGUGGCACUGACAAAAUGAACUUUUAAUUUUACUUGAUUUUAAUAAAUUUAAAUUUAAAUAGAUACAUGUGUCUAGUGGCUACCACAGUAAAUAGUGCAGGGCUAGACCUUAAUCACAUCACUACCCCAUCUGCAAGAAAAGCUGGAAAAUGAAGAUUUGGAGCUAAGCACGUUGCUACCCUCCACAAAAUUAUGUUUUUCUUAGUAAGGAAAAACAAACAAAAAUGAAUAUAGGCUGGGCAAAUAACAGCCUCUGCAACCAAGGGAUAUUUGCUUGCUAAUAUUCCUUAAGCCCAGAGGAAUGGAGUGCUAAUGGGUUUAUCAUAGGCAUGAAAAAUGGUGUGUCUGGGAAGAUAUUAUGUAGUUAAAAAGCAGAAUCUUGGAGCUGGAGUUCAAUCCAAAUACUUUCUUUUUACAAUGAGAAAACUGAGGCACAGAGGGACAACUGAGAGACCUCAUUAAUAGAGCAAUAGGAAAAUCUGCUCUGAAAUUAUACAGAGCUAUUUAGUGGCCUUUAUAACAUCACUCAUGAUAAAAUGUAAAAUCUCAGAAAGAAAAUGCCCUCUGCCUAUGGUUUUUAAAAUACAGGAAAGAAAAGCUAGAGAGAUUUUGAUGCCACCUAUUGGUAGACAGAAGUAUAAACAGCCCUUUCAUAGCACAGGUUGUUACCCGGUGUUAGAGGCACCACAGGUGGUAUAGGGUUCUCAUAAAAAGGAACGACAGACAGUGGAAUAUUUAAUUCCUGCAUCAGCUUGGAACAUGUAUGUUCAUUUUCCCUUGAUUCUUAGCAUCUUAGAAAAAGUGCUUUCUUAGAGUGUUCCUUUCUGCUUUCCAGUAAUACAUCACACCUCAGGCAUAUACAGAAACACCAGAGGAAGACAUAUCAGUCAAUUCUCAAAAAUCACUUGAAAUAGAAAAAAAAGAACAAAUUUUUGAGCUAUAAAUAGCCCUGGGGUGAGAUUCAAAGUUCUUAUAUGAUCCACAGCCUCAAAAAUAUAUCCUGUUAUUUACAACAGUUUCUUUUAGUAGUUCUUACAAAAAAAAAAAAAAAGAAAAUAAAAGGAAACAGAAAUUCAAUUUCAAAACUAAAUGCUCACCCUGACUCAUUCAGGGAAGGAUCCAAGGUUUUUGAUGCAGGGCACUGACUCUCUGCCUGUUUUUCCCCUUCAUCAUCUGCUCCCCUUAAAAAAUGGUAUCAACUGCAUUGGUAAGAAUCCACAUUUCUUCCCUUUUGUUCCCUGGCUUCAUUCCAGGAUUUCACUUGUCACACUGAUGGGUGAGAUGCCUUUCAUAUUGGCAUAAGACACUGAGCGGAUGCCUCCUCUUAUCUUAUCAAACAGAAACCCGGCGAGUGAAUCUACCCAGAGCUGAAGCUUCCUUUGCAACUUGGGAACACCAGGGCCACAGUGACUUUGUGGCUUGGCUUUAGAUAAAUUUGACCAUGGCUGUAGAACCCAGCAGCUCAGAAUCCAUUAAAAGGAGAGCUGGGAGGAGAAUGAAGAAGAUGAGCAACAUUUAUGAGUCCGCUGCCAACACACUGGGAAUCUUUAACAGCCCCUGCCUGACCAAAGUUGAGCUGCGUGUGGCGUGCAAAGGCAUUUCUGACAGAGAUGCCCUUUCCAAACCAGACCCCUGUGUCAUCCUCAAGAUGCAGUCUCACGGGCAGUGGUUUGAGGUUGACAGGACUGAGGUGAUUCGCACCUGCAUAAACCCAGUGUACUCAAAACUGUUUACUGUGGACUUUUACUUUGAGGAGGUUCAGCGCCUGCGGUUUGAAGUCCAUGACAUCAGCAGCAACCACAACGGGCUGAAGGAGGCCGACUUCCUUGGUGGCAUGGAGUGCACACUUGGCCAGAUUGUUUCCCAGAGAAAGCUGUCCAAAUCCUUGCUGAAGCAUGGGAACACAGCAGGGAAAUCUUCCAUCACAGUGAUUGCUGAAGAAUUAUCUGGCAAUGACGACUAUGUUGAGCUUGCAUUCAAUGCACGGAAAUUGGAUGACAAGGAUUUCUUCAGUAAAUCUGACCCAUUUCUGGAAAUUUUUCGUAUGAAUGAUGAUGCAACUCAGCAGCUGGUGCACCGAACUGAGGUUGUGAUGAAUAACUUAAGCCCAGCCUGGAAAUCAUUCAAAGUAUCCGUAAAUUCUCUAUGCAGCGGAGACCCAGACCGCCGGAUAAAGUGCAUAGUAUGGGACUGGGACUCCAAUGGCAAGCAUGACUUCAUUGGAGAAUUCACCUCGACAUUCAAGGAGAUGAGAGGAGCAAUGGAAGGGAAACAGGUGCAGUGGGAAUGCAUCAAUCCCAAGUACAAAGCCAAGAAGAAGAAUUACAAGAACUCAGGCAUUGUGAUUCUGAAUCUGUGCAAGAUUCACAAGAUGCAUUCUUUCUUGGACUACAUCAUGGGUGGCUGCCAAAUCCAGUUUACAGUAGCUAUAGAUUUCACUGCCUCAAACGGGGACCCUAGGAACAGCUGUUCCUUGCACUACAUCCACCCUUACCAACCCAAUGAGUAUCUGAAAGCUUUGGUAGCUGUGGGGGAGAUUUGCCAAGACUAUGACAGUGACAAAAUGUUCCCUGCCUUUGGGUUUGGCGCCAGGAUACCUCCAGAGUACACGGUCUCUCAUGACUUUGCAAUCAACUUUAAUGAAGACAACCCAGAAUGUGCAGGAAUUCAAGGAGUUGUGGAAGCCUAUCAGAGCUGUCUUCCUAAGCUCCAACUCUACGGUCCCACCAACAUUGCCCCCAUCAUCCAGAAAGUUGCCAAGUCAGCGUCAGAGGAAACUAACACCAAGGAGGCAUCGCAAUACUUCAUCCUGCUGAUCCUGACAGAUGGUGUUAUCACAGACAUGGCCGACACCCGGGAGGCCAUUGUCCAUGCCUCCCACCUCCCCAUGUCAGUCAUCAUCGUGGGAGUAGGGAACGCUGACUUCAGUGACAUGCAGAUGCUGGAUGGUGAUGAUGGGAUUCUGAGGUCACCCAAGGGAGAGCCUGUUCUUCGAGACAUCGUCCAGUUCGUGCCCUUCAGGAACUUCAAACACGCAUCUCCAGCUGCCCUGGCAAAGAGCGUGCUGGCUGAAGUCCCAAACCAAGUUGUGGACUAUUACAAUGGCAAAGGAAUUAAACCAAAAUGUUCAUCAGAAAUGUAUGAAUCUUCCAGAACACUAGCACCAUGAACUCCCCACACAGUUUUACAGAGUUCUGAAAUACUAUUCCUGCUAAUAUUUCAUAUUUAAUACCUCUACUACUCCUGUACUUUAAAAAAAAAACAACAUAUACACAUUUAAAAAUAGCACGUUUUGGUGAUUUUUAACUAUCUGACAAUUUUUUUUGCAUGUGUAGCCCUGAGGCCUGGAUCUGUUAAACCCUUGUAUUGUUAACUUUUUACAAAGAAAUACAGAUAAUAAUAACUUACUAUUUACAUUACAGCAUGUCGCCUUGAAAUAAAAUGGUAUCUGUAUCCGUUUUUUAUACAGGUUUGUUGAAAUUUUGCUAAAUUUCUUAUCUUUACACUCUAAAGCAUUUUGAAACAUUUACUGAACGUUGAUAGACAAAAUAUACUUGGUUUUAUCUGCUAUAGGAUGAGAGACUUUUUAAAAUGGCAGAUGCAUGGACUGUAUUUUGCAUGUUUAAAAUAAAAAAAGAAAAACCCACAUGGUUUUUGCAGUUGUUAUCUCUAAUUCCUCCCUGCUGAGAAUGGUCUCUCUACUAAAGAAGAGGUUUAUUUACUUCUUCUUUCUGAGGUGAGUCUUUUUGAGGUAAGUCUGGGUCAUCUAGCUCAGCACCUCUCAUACUUUAUACUGUGUACACAAAUCACCUGAGAGUCUUAUUAAAAUUCAGAUUGUGAUACAUAGGUCUGUGUGGGACCCAAGAUUCUGCAUCUUUAACUAGGUCCCAGGUGAUGCUAAUGCAGUCCCUGGACUAUACCAAAAGGAGUGAGGAUCUAGACUUUAGGGUGUCAUGAUGGAGACCAUCAAAAACAGCAUGGCUUCUAGUCUGCUUGAGAAUGGCACCUCUUCCUGACAGUAGCACAAAAGUCCUGCCUGUCUCCAGAGGUGACAGUAGAAAGUAAUGAGACUGACUCCAGAAGCUGCACACCUCAAAUCAGUCACGCUGCUUUAUACUCACACCUCUUCCUUAGAUAAGACUAGAAAGUGCUCCUCCUGGCCAGUCCCUGCCCUCUUAAAAGUGGCAUCACACACCACUGCAUGGAUGGUGUCAAUCUCUAGAAGUGACCUCAGAACGUCUUCACUGGAACCACAACAAUAGAAACUUACACAUGGCAAAUGGCUAUGCAGUACAGCUCCCGAUAUCUGGUCCACUAAAUUGACCUUUGAGCUUAGUGUGGGAAUUUCUUGCCUCCUUUCUAUCACUUCUGAGAACAAAUUCUAUAAGCAGAAAUGCCUGGAAUUAUUGUCUGGGGUCGAGAUGUUUUGUUUCGAUAUAAGCUGGCCAGUCUGGAACCAAAAGGACGAAUGUUUAACUUGUAUAAUCUUCUUGCAGGGAAACAGGCAAGUGUUUUUGCAAGCAUAAAAGGCACAAAGUGGAGUUUAUUUUUGGUCAGAGAGAUGAAGAAGUAAAUCACAAGGCAAAAUUUGUUGUUUGUUUGAAGAGGGGAGCAGUAUUAACAAGCAAAUAAAAUGCCUUGUAUGAUUUCCAGAGUUACAAUUAUAGAUCCUAAUCUUGCAAAUACAUGUCACCAAAUGCACAACAUUUUGGGAACGAUGGUAAAAUUGUAUGACUGAAAAAAUCAUAAAUAUUUAAGCUAUAUUGUUUUAUUAAUAAAUUGGGUACUUACA